AUGAAUUACAUUGGGAUUGAUGUAUCAAAAGCCAAAAUUGAUGUCCUUUGGCUUAAAGACACUGAUCAACUUAAAAUUAAGGCCAAAGCUUUAAGCAAUAAUCUGGCUGGAUUUAAACAAUUGGUCGUAUGGCUAGAUAAAAACUUAGCAGUAUCACCUUCUAAUAUACGCAUCGUGCUGGAGGCUACAGGCGUUUAUCAUGAGGCAUUGGCUUACUUUUUACAUGAUCACGGUUAUAUCGUGAGUGUGAUUAACCCAGCUUACAUCCGUAAAUUUGCAGAUGGCCUAGGCACUCAACAUAAGACGGACAAAACAGAUAGUUUUAUCUUAGCUCGCUAUGGCUUUCUGGUUCAACCGCCUGUUUGGCAGCCAGAACCUAAGCCUGUGCGUCAGCUUAAAGCUUUGAUUGCGCGCGUGGAUGCUCUUAAAGCUGAUUUGCAACGAGAAGAGAAUCGCCUUGAAAAGGCGGAUGCUACGGAUACGCCUGACAAUGUCGUAGCCUCUAUUCAUGACAUGAUUCACUCUUUAAAUGUAGCCAUUGCCAAACUGACUCAGGACAUUGAUGAUCACAUUGACGGGCAUCCUGAUUUGAAAAAUGAUCAAAGCCUUCUUGAAAGCAUUCCAGGAGUCGGUAAAAAAGUGGCUCUCAGCAUGUUGGCUUUAAUUCAUAGCCGAAACUUUGAAAGUGCAGAUCAACUAACCGCCUUUGUGGGGCUAAUUCCCAAGCAUAGGGAGUCUGGUACCUUUAGAGGACGGACGACUCUGUCUAAGAAUGGCAAUCGUCGUAUAAGGGCUUUACUGUACUUCCCAGCGGUUGUUGCGACAAAGUAUAACGAUCAUAUUAAAGCUCAAUACCACCGUUUGCUGAAGGCUGGUAAAACCAAGAUGCAGGCUAUUGGUGCCGCCAUGCGUAAAUUAGUACAGCUAUGCUUUGGCGUAUUGAAAAGUAAAAGACCGUAUGAUGCUCAGUAUCAGGCAGCUUAG